CUCAUUCUCAUUAAUUCUCUCUUCUUCUUCUUCGCUCCCCAUAUUAUAUUCUUCUUCUUUCCUUUCUUAUUACUAAUCCUUCAAUUGUAUUCGAUGCAGCUCUCACUCCGCCGCAAGUUCUCUCCGGCGCUCUUAUCCGCCGCCUCAUUCACCAUGAAACCCUCGGCCUCCGCCGCCAGAAAGGGAGGCAACCUCUCCGCGUUCGUGGUUGUGUUCUCCAUCUUCCUCUUCGGAUGCUUCAUGUACAACGAGGACGUCAAAUCCAUCGCCGAGUUCCCGUUUAAAGAUCUAGAUCAUUAUACUCGAAUUCAAGAAAACGAAUUAAGAAACGGCGGCGGCGAAACCACCACCACCACCACCACAGUUUCUGUUGUUAUGAACGCAAGAACAGUGGUGGAAACACAAGCUGUCGAUGAUGAGGAGAUUGAAAUACCCUCUGAAGAUUGCGAUUUGUUUGCAGGGAAAUGGGUUUUCGAUAACUCGAGUCAUCCAAUUUACAGAGAAGAACAGUGUGAAUUUCUGACUGCGCAGGUGACUUGCAUGAAGAAUGGAAGACAAGAUUCUUUGUAUCAGAACUGGAGGUGGCAGCCCAAUCAUUGUUCUUUGCCUAAAUUUAAAGCCAAGUUAUUGCUAGAGAAACUGAGAAACAAGAGGAUGAUGUUUGUCGGGGACUCAUUAAAUCGGAAUCAAUGGGAAUCCAUGAUCUGCUUGGUUCAAUCUGCAGUGCCACCUGGCAGCAAGUCCUUGACCAAAAAUGGCUCUUUAUCUGUUUUCAGAAUUCAGGAUUACAAUGCGACGGUGGAGUUCUACUGGGCGCCGUUCUUGGUGGAGUCAAACUCAGAUGAUCCAAAAAUGCACAGCAUCUUGGACCGGAUUAUAAUGCCCGGUUCAAUCAAAAAGCACGGCAGGAAUUGGAAGAAUGUUGACUACCUCAUUUUCAAUACAUACAUUUGGUGGAUGAACACUUUUUCCAUGAAAGUUUUGAGAGGAUCAUUCGACAAAGGGGCGACGGAGUACGAUGAAGUGGAUAGGGCCGUUGCGUAUGGGAGAGUAUUAAGGACAUGGGCAAGGUGGGUCGACAAACAUGUGAAUCCGAACCGGACCAAAGUCUUUUUCAUGAGCAUGUCUCCUCUUCACAUCAAGAGCUUGGAUUGGGAAAACCCUGAAGGAAUAAAAUGUGCAAAAGAGACAGCCCCAAUUCUGAACACAUCAAUGCCACUAAAUGUGGGCACAGACCGAAGACUACUUGUUCUUGCAGCAAAUAUCACACACUCCAUUAAAAUGCCUGUCUAUUUCCUCAACAUAACCACACUCUCAGAAUACCGCAAAGAUGCACACACCUCAGUACACACUAUCCGACAGGGCAAAAUGCUUAGCCCGGAACAGCAGGCUGAUCCAGCCACAUUCGCCGAUUGCAUCCACUGGUGCCUGCCCGGACUGCCCGACACUUGGAACGAGUUCCUCUAUGCUCGUAUCAUAUCACGUUCUUGAUACAUAUAUAUCCACCACCACCACCAACCUCUUUAUUAAUGCAUCUCUCUCUUAAAUUCUUACAUACUAAUGUGUCACUAAAGAUUUUGUCCUUUUUCAUGGGCUUCUUUUUUUUUUUUAGUUAGUUCGUUUUAUUUUUGGCCAUGUGAUUAAGGUGGCAGUUGGCGUAGGUCGAAAGUAUUUGCCGAUUGGUUUGACACUCAAUUGUAAAAUGAAUUUGUUACAAAGAAAAGAAAAUUAAUAAUACGAAAGUGAAAUGGUAACCAUUUCUUUCUUUAA